AUGAAUAUCUCAAGGAAUAUGAGAGGGUUGAAUAGGUCAUGGGAAUUUAGAGAGAUUGCAACUCGUCUCAAGAAGCUAAACCCUGAGAUUGGAAUUUUUAUAGAAACUCGAGUUAAACAGAAUAAAGCCAAUGGUAUUAGAAGUAAGUUGGGGAACCAUUGGUCUUUUAUAAAUAAUUACAAUAAACACGAGAAUGAUGGACUUUGGACUCUUUGGGAUAAUAAUAAAUUUAACAUUAGAGCUACCUGUAGCAUUGAGCAAUUGGUGCAUUUUGGAAUCUAUAAUGCUAGUGGUGAUCUUCGUAUGUGGUGCACUGUAAUUUAUGCUUAUAACACUUUGGAGAAAAGGAAAGUUUUGUGGCAGUAUAUUCAAGCUAUCUUAAGUAACACAAAAGGGCCCUGGUUUUUUAUGGGAGAUUAUAACAAUGUGAUGACAAUUCAUGAGAGGAUUGGGGGGAAUCCAGUUCAGGAAAAAGAAUGCAUUGUCUUAAGAUAUAUGAUGAAUAGAACUACUAAGCAGAGACCGAAGUUUAAUAAGAGCUUCAAAUUCUUCAAUGUCAUGGUUCAAAUUGAAUGGUUUCUGGAAGUUGUGGAGGCUAACUGGAAACAAGAUAUGAAGGGCAAGCCUAUGUACCGAGUGUGGAAAAAACUUCAAAGACUGCAGAGGGUUAUCAAAGAGAGGAGAAAGCCUUUCCAUGGUAAUGGGAAACAGUUAGAAAAGGCUAGAGAAAAUCUAGAUAAAGCUCAACAAAACCUGUUAAUUGAUAGAAUGGAUGUUGGUAGGAUCAACAUGGUUAAAUUCUAUACCCGUGAGGUGAUGAAUCUUGCUAAAAUUGAAGAGAAUUUGUUGAGACAAAGGGCCAAGAUUGAUUGGAUCAAGCUUGGGGAUAGCAAAAAUUCGUUCUUUUAUGCCACUUUGAAGAGUAAGUAUAAGCAGACUAAUAUUAGUUUUCUCAAAGAUAAGAAUGGUAAUCAGCUUGUAACCCAUGAUUUUAUAGAGACCCGAUUGGAGAUUUAUGUUGCCUUGAAGAAGAUAAGUGACCUAACUGCUCCAGGGGUGGAUUGUUAUGGUGCUAAAUUCUACAAAUCUACUUGGCACGUAAUCAAUGAGGAUAUUAUUGAAGCUAUUCAGGACUUCUUUGUUAGAGGAAGAAUGAACAAAGCUGUGAACAAUACCUUGGUUACUAUCACUCCUAAGCAUGUCAAUGCUUGGAGUAUUGUUGAUCUCAAUCAAAUUGCAUAUGUUUUAGGUCAGCACAUUCAAGACCAUAUUCUCUUAGCAUAUGAGUUAAUUAGGGGUUAUAGUACUAGAGGAGGAGCCCCCAUAUGUUUGAUCCAAAUGGACAUCCAAAAGGCUUAUGAUAGUGUGGAAUGGAAAGCCAUGGAAGAUAUUCUCUUAGAACUUGGUUUUCCUAACAAGUUCAUAGGUUGGACUAUGACCAUGGUGAGAAGUGUUUCUUCCAGGUAUAAGAUUAACAAUGUGACUUCUGAUAAUAUGCAGGCCAAAAAGGGGUUGAGACAAGGUGAUCCUAUGCAGUGGCGGAGCCAGGAAUUUUAG